AUGUUGAUAGACGGCGAGAAGUGGGCUUGCGAGGCCUGUGUGCGAGGCCAUCGCGUCUCCAACUGCAACCAUUCUGAUCGCCCUCUACAACACAUCAACAAGAAGGCAAGUCCUCCGGCCGGCGCUGACGCUCAGUCAGACAGCAACGUCGUGCUAACCUGUCUGCUUCCAGGGUCGGCCGGUAUCGCAAUGUCAGCACUGCCGCUCGAUGCGCAAGUCGCGCCCACCGUCGUGGGCCACACCGACAGCUGCUGUUGUAACCAUGGAGGCCGCUGCUCCUGCUCGCACAAGAAGGAGCCGUCCCUGGACACCGUCCCCGAGUCCGAGUCGGAUCAGGAACCACAGCCGAGCAAGCCGAAAGCGGUAUCACGCCGCCGACGCGCCAAUACGACGCAUUCCGAGCCCGUGCUGAGCUUUGACGAGAACGGCCACCACAAGCCGCCGCACAAGCACAACAAGGCAUCGCAGAAAUGCGGUCCCUACUCGCUGAGCCGCGGGCACUCCAUGCACAGCAACGCGAGUUCGAGCAGUCUGGGCAACCGAUCGAUGGACAACCUCCUCCAUGGGAAGGCACCCAGUCGCUCUCGGAGCAGGGAUUUGAUCGAGCAGGAGACGCGGAAGUCCAAGUCGGAACAGGCUUCGCCCCUGAUUGACGGCGGCGACUCGUCCUUCCAGCAGCUGAACGGCCAGCUACCGCCCUUGGACCUCUCCGGCAUUCGCUACCCCGAAUACACGUCUUCGUUUGAGCUGUUCCACGGCCUCGAUGAGCAACCAAUGUACAGCGCCGGUUUGAGUGCUGUUUCUGUCGACUGGGCGCAGUACGACGGGCUGGAUAUGAAGGCCGACAACUUCGCGCCCUCGAGCUACGACCAGGCCCAGUCGUUUGCCGGUUUCGAUCUAGGCUCGACCGAGCCGACUCUUACCUCCAAUUCAGGCGACGUGUCGGAGACUGAGGACUUCGUACCGGCUUUCAGCGAAGCCCAGAUGGAAGGUUUCCGCAUGAGCGCAGCUACCGACUACAUGCAAAUGUCCCAGAGCCAGACGUCCAUGGUCAGCGAUAGCGAACUGGGCAGCGGCGACUUCAUGUCUUUCAAGGGUGCCGCGGCCGCCAACAAGUUCCUGCCGAAUCUUGGCUCUCUAGACGACGCCAACGCCGGCUUCUCGAUGCUCGAGGAAGACCCCUACUGGUCGAUGAACAACUUCGCCGACGGGAUUACCAACUCCCCAGAUCCCGUCGCCUCCGCAUUUUGGGGCGAUGCCCAAUAA